UGUAAUUGACGGACAACAUGAUCUUACGUAUAUCCGUCAAGUCGUCCUCUACUUAGUUUUCUGUGUAUUUACUUGCUAGCAUGGUUUGAGAAUUGUUUAAAUGUCUGGCUGAAAUAUUUAAAUACACAAAUAUACAAGGGAUACCUAUCUAUACAGGCUACAGUAGCAAAAUGACAUCAAGGGGCACUCCGAGUCGAUUCCUAAAAAGCGUUCUGCAAAACGGUGUGGGUCGGUAUGUCUGUCAGUUGAAACGCAUCUCUCUCGUCUUCUCCAAGAAUGCACAAAGUUCUCUGGGUGUCAGGAACUUUAUCGAAGACGGAGUCGUGGACUAUGCUAAAAAGAAUCCCGGAACAGUUGUGUACAUAUCUCCAACAUCUUGCCGGAUUCCCAAAAUUGUGGCUGAAUACUUGAACGGCGCCGUGCGGGAGGAGACCAUCACCUGCAAGACGUCGGAGCAGCUUUCAGAGCUGGUGACCAAACUGGCCAAUCAGUCAGGCCUGGACAUCAUCCGCAUCCGAAAGCCCAUCCACACAGACAGCCCCAGCAUCCAGGGCCAGUGGCACCCCUUCACCAACAGGGGCCCCGUGGGGCCACCCAACAGGGGCCCCGUGGGGCCACAGAAACAGCAGACCAACUGAAAACACAACUGAGAACUUACACCAGCAGUCACUCACAGUUUUGUUUGUAACAGAAACAUUUCCCCCACAGGACUGUGCAGAACAAAUCCGUCUUUUUGUUUUCUGAUCGACCGAAUGCCUGCCUUGAAUACCUUCAGUACAGAUGGAUCUAAACAUAGUGAUGGACCGAUGAUUCUGGAACGGUGUUAUUUGGUCAUGAGCUUGCCAGCUGUUGAAUGUGGGUUUAGAGAUGUUAAAAUGUGUCUGUGAUAGUCAGCCUGUGUGAGUUGUAACCUGGGUUCAUGGAAUAAAAAUGUAUGUUUAUAAAAUCACAA